AUGGGCGCUGAAGAUGUACCACUUCGCGCGCCCGAGCUUUCCGACCUUAGCGCAAUGGUGGUACUGAGAGAUUGGAAUGAUCCAUCGUGUUCACGUGAUCUUGAAACCCCGAUUCCUCUCGUUGCUAGUCAUGCUCUCUUGAAACAACUUCGUAGCCAAUGGAACGCUUGUAAAACGGAGGAGAGCCCAAGUCGAGGCGAUGUUUGCAAAGCGCUUCGAUAUUGGUGUGACGGGGUGAAGAUGCCAUUAACAACAAUGGAUCUAACGGGUGCACGCAUUGAUGAUCAUCUUUUAGUCGAUCUCCUCGCUGCUCAAAAAAACACCCUUUUGAGACUUGAUCUCAGUGAAGUUGAGGGUAUCAAUGGAGAAGCGAAUGCUUUGCUUGAAGAGCGAGAUGUUCAGCUAAAUUGCUUGGACACAUUACGCCUCGGCUCUGUAGAACUUCUGGCUCCAGCUCAGCCCAAGAGAAAGUUGGGCACAGCUGGGAUUGAUGGACGAACGGUGCCGAUGUUGGGCGAGGAAGCGUUGAGUGAGCACAUUGAGCGACGGGGACCCUUGUUGAGACCGACUCCCAAUCAUCCAUAUGAUCAAGAUAUUAGUUGGUACUAUGCAGCUCCUCCUCCAUGGCCGUCGAAUGACGAGGGUCUAGUUAUGGCGAUGCCAUCUUCAUCAAUGACAAUUGAGCUGAAUGAAGAUCCUUCUCCUCCUCGACCACUCACCAGCAAAUGCCCAAACAUUAAAGCACUCUAUUUACCAAAGACUAAACGAUCAGUCGAGGAUGAAGAUAUUUUGGUGAACGAGUUGUUGCAACAAGCCCUUCAACCACUCAAAAAACUCACGCUUUUAGACCUCUCCUAUUGGCAAAGGGUAGAAGACUUACGGUGUAUUUAUCCCCAUGCAUUGACGACUUUAAUUCUAUAUGAUGUGCCUGAUUUGUAUCGUGCUCUUGACACAAUUAUUUCGAUGAAUGAAUUGAGAUAUCUUGAUUUAUCGCAAUCUUUACGUGACACAGGCUCCUAUCCACAGCCGGUCACCGCAUUGACAAAAAUGGUUCAAAAUUUGCCAAAGCUCACGCAUCUUGACAUUUCGGGUACAAAUCUCGCCGCACAACCAAGCCCCUUUGAUAGAGCACCAGGAACCGGUACCAUUCGAUCCGACAUUGCUGGGCUUGUCUUCUUGAAGAGACCACUCGAAUUUCUUGGACUUUUCAACUGUGACAACGCCUCGCAUGUGGCUGAAAUUCCGGCAAAGACAAUUUCUGGAGAUGCAAAUGAAGCACAGGUGAUAACGGCUCUCCGAAUGUACAUAGAUAGAUCUGGGCUUUUGCAAGCGGUUCUCAACGAAAGUUAUCAACUUUAUCGCUUUGGGAAUACGAAUCCUGUGACUCGACACACCGAAGCCCUUCAUCUAGUGCUUGAAGCAAUGCGAAGACAUCUCAACGAUUCAACUCUACAAAUUGCUGGUUCUGCCUCACUAUUCUACAUUAUUCGACGAGUUAACAUGAACCGCGAUACAAAGAAAAGCGUUGUUUCGGCUCUUCUAAGCGGCAUGGAAACCCAUAUGGAGGAGCAAGUGAUGGUGCGAAAUUGUUGCCUUUCUCUUUGUCAAUUCGAGAUUCCACAAGAAAUCCUUUUUGAUUAUAGUCGAUUGGCGCUAUUGUUGGUGAAAGUGUUGCAGCAUCAUAACUCGGAUAAUUUGACUCAACGAAUCGUCGUGUUCUUGUUGAAUUCGAUGGCCUGUCAUGUGGAAGGAGAUCAGAAAGUGCAAGUCGGCUCUCUUGGAGCAAUCGAGAUGAUUCUCAACCAAAUUCGUCGAAAACUGCAAUCAAAUCUUUGUGAUGAUGUCAUGGAAGUUGGCUGGAGUUUCCUCUGGAACAUCACUGAUGAAACACCAGUUAACUGUGAAAAGUUCUUGAGUGCCUCGGGGCUUGAACUCUUUCACAAAUGCUAUGAAUCGUUUCGGGGAGAGCGAGAGCUUGUGAGAAACAUGAUGGGCCUCAUUGGGAACAUUGCCGAAGUGGAUUCACUGCGUGUUCAGCUCAUGAAAGACGAGUACAUCAAAAUCUUUUGGGAUCUGCUUGAUUUGAUUGAGGACUCGAUCGAGAUCUCAUACAAUAGUGCCGGUGUUUUGGCCCAUAUUGUUUCUGACGGCGAUGAGGCGUGGAGUGGUGUGUCGAUCAGUCGACAAGAUGUCAUGGAACACAUUGUUCGCGCGACCGAAAUGUGGAAACUUGACACUCGCCGCUUUAUCAAUUAUCGAUCUUUCCGCCCGAUUUUAAGAUUGUUGCCUCAGUGGCAUGCUUUCGCGAGUCAGCAUUGGGCCGCUUGGGCACUUGCCAAUCUCACAACAACCGAUCCUAACAAAUAUUGUCAAUUCGUGGUGAAUGAGGGUGGGAUGGAGCUGCUGGAUGCGCUCGUCUACGAUGAGCGAACCACAUUUGGAAUUCGGGAUCUCGUCGAAGUCGUGCUCAGAAACAUCAAAAAUUGGAAAAUGCAACCUUUGGCAAGCGCAGUGGAAACGCCGAACGGUGAGAGUGGCGACGAUUUGAUGGAAACCGAU